AUAAGGUAGAACAAAAACACACGAAAAUGAUACAACAUAUAAUAAAAAAGUUUGGUCUUAGAGUCCAUAAAUACUGCAGGAGUUCUUGCUGCGGAUCCCAUGCUUCGACAGUUACAACAGUGUCAGGCUGACAAUGCAUGGUGUUUUACCUCAAUAAUAAAACCAACAGUAUAUUUCUAUUGAAUGGUAGAGCAGCCGGCAGGCCAAACACACUUUAUGAAAUCAGAUAUAAAGAUCAUUCCAUUUUACAAUCUUAGAAGGCUGUAUCUGAAUUCUGUAUCUGUUGUCCUUGGGUGAUGAUUAAUUAAAGUUGUAUUUAUGGUUAACCAGCACCAAUAGUGUGUUCUUCCAUGCUUUUGUCAGGACAAGGGGAGCACACAUGGAAGUCUUGCUAAACUGGAGGAUGCUUUGCUAGUAGUUUUCAGCGUUGUUCAACCUCAACAAGUAAGGAAGACUUAUCACAUAGGAAUAUUGGACAUUAGUUCUUGGGAUUCUAGGAUGUUUGUCGAAGGACAUUUCUUUCCAUUGUGGAUGUCUAUUGUAAGUGUCAAAUAACUGCAAUAAUUUCACCACUUAAUCUGUAUUGAUACUGAGGUGCAUAUCUAGUUGACUGAGAAUUUAUGUGCUAUUGGUUCGUUCUCUUGGAAGACUGAAGAAUGGUUGGCCUCAAUUUUAGUAAAAGUGUUUUAUUUUGACAUUCUUGAUAAAAAAUAAAAUAAGAAUUCUACUUUGUGAAAGUUAAAUAAUUCUGUAAUUCAUAUAACAUUCAUUUGAUCGAAUUUUAAAUAGGAAAAAUUGUGUGCAUUGGAAAGAAAGGAAAUUAAAUAUUAGCAACAUUGCCUUACAAUCAACCUGUAAGAUCUAAGUUACGAGCAGUGGGUGAAGGUGUUUAGAUAGUAAAGGUGAGAUAAGUGUUGGUCCCUGCCUGAGAGAUCUCUUCUGGGCUCAUUAACCAUGACGAUGGGCACAGGGGGCCCCGUGGCCUCGUUCUCGGUGUGGGACUAUGUGGUGUUUGUGGGCACAGUCCUGGGGGCGGCUGGCAUUGGCCUGUUCCAAGCCAUCCGGGGCCGCAAGAACAACAACAGCGGCGAGUUCCUGCUGGGGGGCCGUCAGAUGACAGCGGUGCCCGUUGCCAUGUCCCUCACUGCCAGCUUCAUGUCUGGCAUCACCGUGAUCGGCACGCCAGUCGAAGCCUAUCGGUUUGGGACGGACUACUGGAUCUUUGCCAUCUCCUAUGCCAUCAUGUCCAUCAUCACCGCCGAGAUUUUUGUCCCUCUCUUCUACCGCCUGGGCAUCACCAGCACCUAUGAGUAUCUGGAGAUGCGCUUUAAUAAGUUGAUUCGGGUGAUCGGGACAUCCAUGUACAUCACACAAACGGCCCUGUACACUGGUAUGGUCAUCUAUGCGCCUGCUCUCGCACUCAAUCAAAUCACAGGGAUGAACCUCUGGGGAGUGCUGGUGGCCACUGGGGUGGUGUGCAUCCUCUACUGUACCCUGGGAGGUCUGAARGCGGUGAUAUGGACAGACGUGUUUCAGAUGGUGAUCAUGUUAGCAGGUUUCRUGGCUGUCAUCGCCAGGGGGGCUGUCAUCCAGGGGGGCCUGGGGAAGAUCUGGGACGACUGCUACCAGGGAGGCAGGCUCAGCGCGUUUGAUUUUGAUCCAGACCCUUUGAAGCGYCACACGUUCUGGACGAUCGUGGUUGGUGGCAGUGURAUGUGGGUGUCCAUUUACUCCAUCAACCAGUCACAGGUGCAGCGUUACAUCUCUUGCAAAACCCUAACCCAAGCCAAACUGUCACUGUAUGGGAAUAUAAUUGGUCUCUGGUUGACUGUGAGCUUAGCAGUGUUCUCCGGCCUCACCAUGUACUCCAUUUACAAAGACUGUGAUCCAUUCACUAACGGUGAUGUAGGGGCUGUUGAUCAGCUGCUYCCUUACCUGGUGAUGGACACUCUGGCAGCCUAUCCUGGAGUCCCUGGAUUGUUUGUGUCUGCAGCAUACAGUGGUACCCUAAGUACUGUGUCCUCCAGCAUCAAUGCGCUGGUGGCUGUCACUGUGGAGGACUUCGUCAGGCCAGUGUGCAAAAACCUGACAGAGAAACAGGUGUCCUGGAUCAACAUGGGCCUCAGUGUUUUCUUCGGGUUUUUGUGCAUUGGGAUGGCUGCAAUAGCUUCCCUGAUGGGAAGCAUUUUGCAGGCAGCACUGUCCAUAUUUGGAAUGAUAAGUGGACCUCUUCUUGGACUUUACGUACUAGGCAUGUUCUGGCGCACAGCCAACUCAACAGGGGGACUCACAGGACUGAUUGUGGGCCUUGUUAUUACCCUGUGGGUAGGGAUUGGAGCGCAGAUAUACCCACCCUUAGCUGAUAAGACCAACCCCCUGCCAAUCAGUGUGGCAGGCUGUAACCGCACACAGGACCUGAACUACACCACCCUGACCCCAUGGACCAGUGCAGUAACACUGACCCCUCUGCCUGAUUACAGUGACCGGCCAGCUCUGGCAGACUCAUGGUACUCCCUGUCCUACUUGUACUUCUGUCUCCUGGGCUCUSUGGUGACUGUGAUCGUGGGCCUGGUGGUAAGCGCUAUCACAGGUGGCUGCAAGCAGGAGAAUCUACGCUUGGAUCUCUUUGUAAGGAGAAGUGAUCUAUUCUGCGCUGGCUGUGGCAAGGACUCAGAGGCAUUAGACUCUGAGAUUAAUGAAAAGKCUGGAUCAGAGCUGAAGAAUGGACCAAACAACACUGGAUUCAAAGACUCUCAGUUUAACAUUGUGGAGAAGGAUGUGGAGAAGGUCACUAARAUGUGAUGCUGCCACCAAGCUAAAYGCACCCUGUCAACUGGAGUGCUCCAAGAGAACGAUUUGUCCGCUCACAUUUCCAUUCUAGUUUUAUUGUAAGGAAAUGCAUUGCUAAGAAAAGGAAGCCCAAGUGUGUAAUUACGCAGAUGAAGUCUCUAAUCAGCAGAAAGUGUGUGAAGAAACAAGAACAAAGGACUAGCAUUACUAACCCCAUAUUCAACAGGGUCAAUAUGAACCGUGGGUCCGACAAAAAAUACAUGUUAUUUUCAAUGUAUUGCUGUCGAGAGUUGUAAUAGUAGAGAAUGCACAAGGCACCAAUUCAAAAUGUGUUAGUGYACGGGCAGUUUUCCUCUUGCUAUGUCACUCACUGACAGACUUUAAAGAGCUAUUUAUAACCUGUCAAAAAUGUCCAGUUGAUCAACUAGGUAGCCUAUGGUAGCUAGGUAGGUAUGUUAGGCUAACCARCUAUCUAAAUCUUGUAGUUAUCAUGGCCAGAUUAAUUGACCAGGGGCCUCAACCCCAAAAGCGACCUCCUUUGUUUUUGUUGAGUCACUAAAGUAUCAUGUGAACACACAUAUGACAUGGCAAAAUGUCUAUAAUUGGAGGAAAUUAGCUUUAAAACUGCAACAACAACUAAAAUAAAUCGCCAACAAGAGGGGGGGUGAACAGUUUGGGGUCGAUGGGUUGUGAGGUGGAGGUUUAUGACUUUUCAACAUUGUGUUAAGAUUAUAGAUAAAAUAGGUUUAAUUAAAAAUACAUAAAUUAAAAUGUACAUCUAACCUACUUGUCACUACAAACAAUGGUCUUGUAAUAUGAGCACAUGCAGUUGAUAUGUAAUCAUGUUUAUUUUGUGUUUUACAGCCCUUUAGGCUGACACAAUAUAUUUGACUGGAUAUUCAUUUUGUGGCCAUAAAGAUUGUGCUGACAUGUAUACCGAGUUAGCUUGCUGUGAUUGUCCUUUUUGGGAUUUCUUUCAUUGUCAAGUUGUUUUCACAAACAUGCUUGGUUCAGGGCAAUGAGCUAGACACAAAUGCAUGCUUCUUUCUAAACAGGUUAGGAGCGCAACAGUUAUACUGUAUCUUGUAUGCAUCACAUGCAUCUUUACCGAGGUGACCAUAUUCAUUAUCAACUGUACACUACUAACAUACUACUUCAAUUUUGUUUUCCUGGGGCAAAUACCCAGGGUCACAUACAGUUAACAUGCAGUAGACAAAGCRAUUUGUGCAGCCUACCAUACACAAACAUCCAAAAAAAGGUAGAGAAAUCACAUCCUUCCAUUCUUGCCUCUCCGGAACACUGGUUUAAAUAAUAACUUAAAGAUAACGUAUCUGCAAAAAGUUCUGAUUUGUUGACUGUAAGCCUACAUGUAAAGAGUUUGUCUGACUAAUGACCAGGUCUCCUUGCCAACCAGCAGACAAUAAAGGAAGUGAACACAGAAGAGGACCGCCCACUUCACAUUUCACUGGGCCAUGAAAGCAAGCCUUCUGCUCUCUGCGGUCUGUAGGGAGUGGAUAACAAAGCAAUAAACCAAGUUCCUGGUUUCACUCUCAUGGGUGCUGGCUGUGUAAGGACCAAAGAGAACAUGAUGGCCAUUGAUCACAGACUUUCUCUACCYCUGGCAAGUUUUAUUUUGGCCAUUUCCUUGACUACAACUACAACUCUGACAAGCUCUUCUGAGAGAGGAAAUAAUGCCACUGCCACCACAGAGACAAUGGCUCCAAACCAGACCUACACCACUGCCAUGCCAACUCCUUCAAAUGUCACCGUUGACGGUGCUCUCUCUACUACAAGUUACCAUAACUCAAGUCAGAACAGCACUGGAACAACARCUCACAGUGCCGUGCAGGACAACUCAACAACCACAACAGCACCGGCUGAGAGCUCAAACCCAACCACUGAGUCAACACCAUCAGCUUUGGCCCCUACAGCUAAUGCUACAUCUGCAGCCRUUACAGUCCCGGGUAUAGUCCCCUCCACUCCACCAACCACCCAAGCAGCCAAGAGCACUGAAAACCAAAGCAGUACAUCAAAUAUCCCGCCACAACAAUCSACUAAGAAUCUUCCUCAAACCACCAAUGCCGCCACGUCGAUGACAACAGCAACACAUAAUGUGACACAAGGUUUUGGACUAGACAAUUCAGAAAAAGGCAUGACGGUCUUCUUCAGUGUUGUGCUCGGGGUGUUUGUUCUGGGAAUAUUCAUGUACACGUUGAAUAGAUGGAACCAGAUGAGGCAAUACUCACAUCGGCCUCUCUAUAACAACUCUGAGGGCGAAGUGGGUGGAUCCCUGGCAGCAGACGACACACUCGUAAUUUCAGGAGGACUCUACGAUGGUUCACAAAUCUACAAUCCAACUAUGACAACUACUGAUAUGACGGAGGAUGAGUUCAAUUUGGAUAACCGUCUACAUGUGUCCCAGCCAUCACAGUUCCGMCUGGAGUUCUUAACUGAAGAACGAGAGAGCUCCCCAGGCUAUGAGGCCUCGACCUUUCAUACUUUUCAGCCAAUUGAUGAUGAUUAUUAAUGUCAAAUCUAGCUUCUUUUUUUUAAACAUCACUUUAACAGUUGCAUUGUUUAUACAGUUGAAGUCGGAGGUUUACAUACA